CUGUCGUAAUACACCUAAGUGAGACUAUCCUAAGUGAAGUAAUUUGGUGCAUCGCAAAAACGCUCUUUCAAAUUCCGACAAAUUCAUCUUUUUACUCUCUUGCCCCUCCUUCCCUCCCUCCCUCUUCUUCCAAAAUCCAACAGUGUUUCACUCACUCUUCCAAUUUCCGGCUGAAACUGGUGUACUGUAGGAAGUAAAGUAAGCUCGUAUGCCUGUAGAACUGUAUACCCUCAUGCCAAGUUCCCCCAAAACAGCUACCAACAAAGUUUCUCCUCUGAUUUUUGCUGUUUGGUGAGUGAGUUUAUCUGUCCGUGCAACUAACUACUGUAAAAAUCUGACCUUUUUCAUGGGUAUUUAAAAGUUAGUGUUUUAUACAUGGAAACCCAUGUUUGUUUUUUACUCUAAACCCCAGAAACCUGAAAUUUUGUGUACUUAGGGUUUGAGAUUUUUAGUGGAAUCUCUUUUUAGAGCUGUUUUUGGGGAUUUAAGAAUGGAUGGAAGGAGGAUAACUGCUAGUCCUCGCCCAUGUUGUGGGAGGAGGGUGGUAGCAAAGAAGCGCCCACGCGGUGGAAUGGAUGGGUUCGUUAACAGUGUUAAGAAGCUUCAACGGAGAGAGAUUGGUUCCAAGAGAGACCGUUCUUUCAGUAUGAGCGAUGCCCAAGAGCGUUUUCGGAAUAUACACUUACAGGAGGAAUAUGAUACCCAUGAUCCAAAAGGUCAUUGUGCGAUGGUACUUCCAUUUCUUAAGAAAAGGUCAAAGAUAAUUGAGAUAGUUGCUGCCCGCGAUAUUGUUUUUGCCCUUGCACAAUCAGGUGUCUGUGCAGCAUUUAGCCGAGAAUCAAACCGGAGGAUAUGCUUUCUGAAUGUCAGUCCAGACGAAGUUAUACGAAGCUUGUUUUACAAUAAAAACAAUGAUUCAUUAAUCACUGUUUCAGUCUAUGCUUCAGAUAAUUUCAGCUCCUUGAAAUGCAGAACAACAAGGAUUGAAUACUUAAGAAGGGGUAAACCAGAUGCUGGGUUUGCUCUAUUUGAGUCCGAAUCAUUAAAAUGGCCUGGUUUUGUGGAGUUUGAUGAUGUGAAUGGAAAAGUUCUUACUUACUCUGCCCAGGAUAGCAUAUAUAAGGUGUUUGACCUGAAGAAUUAUACGAUGUUAUACUCGAUAUCAGACAAGAAUGUUCAAGAGAUAAAAAUCAGUCCAGGAAUCAUGCUGCUAAUAUUUACCAAAGCUAGCGGCCAUGUUCCUUUAAAGAUUCUCUCCAUUGAGGAUGGCACUGUUCUCAAAUCUUUCAACCAUCUGCUUCACCGAAAUAAGAAGGUAGAUUUCAUUGAACAGUUCAAUGAAAAGCUUCUUGUCAAACAGGAGAAUGAAAAUCUUCAGAUUCUUGAUGUCCGCAAUUCUGAGUUGACAGAAGUCAGCAGAGCCGAAUUCAUGACCCCAUCAGCAUUCAUAUUUCUGUACGAGAAUCAGUUAUUCUUAACGUUCAGAAAUAGAACAGUAGCUGUUUGGAACUUCCGUGGGGAGCUUGUAACUUCAUUUGAGGAUCACUUGUUAUGGCACCCUGACUGCAAUACAAACAACAUUUAUAUUACUAGUGAUCAGGACCUUAUUAUUUCAUAUUGCAAAGCUGAUUCUGAUGAUCCCUUAUCAGAAGCAACUGCGGGAUCGAUCAAUAUCAGCAACAUUUUGACAGGCAAAUGCCUCGCUAAAAUAAAAGCAACCGAAAGACGUAGAUCAGAUGAUUGCAGUUGCAGUACCAAUUGUAACGGGCAUGGUGGCAGAAGUUGCAACGCUAAGAAGCGUAUCCAAGCUUCCAGAACUAGAAGCACAGUUGCAGAAGCCCUGGAAGAUAUCACCGCCCUUUUCUAUGACGAAGAGCACAAUGAGAUCUAUACUGGAAACAGUUUUGGGCUGAUCCAUGUAUGGUCUAACUGAAGGUCGACUGAAUCCCCGUUCUCUGAAUAUAUCAAAAAGGUUACACAUAUUGAAUGCCAUUUCCUCUUCUGGCUCGCUCACUCGCUGUGUUCUUUUAUUUUAUUUUUACUGUUCCCCCGAGAAGGGGAGAUGAUUUGAUUUGUGACAUAUAUUUACUUCACAGUGCAUGUCAGUUAAUAAUUUGGUUUACUCAGUGAUAUUUCUUUUGAACUAGACUGAGUUGAUAAUUUCUGGUCUUGGGA